CAUCAAUGUGUCAACAAACGAUCUUUAAAUAACGUAGUGACGUCACCAUCUAUGUAUAGAAUAAAGGCACGCCUUAUUCACAUAUACCUGUUGUCAUCUAACACUGGCCUGACAUAAGUCUGCACUAGGAAGUAUUAAUAAUGCCUAACAUUCGGAGAUUGGAAAUAGUUCUCGCGAAUCCACAGAUUGUGUAUUAUUCUGGACAAUGUGUUCGAGGACAGGUUAUUGUGGAACUUAACAAAGAUACGAAAAUGAGAGAAAUCCGGAUAAAGUGCCGAGGACGGGCGUACAUUUAUGUAGACAGUGACAAUCAAUGCUCCCAGGAAUUUAUUGAUAACACUAUCGUGCUGAUCGGCAAACCACGUGAGGAAACCAUACUACCUGCUGGGAAUUAUUCGUACCCGUUUGAGUUCGUACUUCCAUUCGGAAUUCCUGGUUCGCUUGAGGACCCCAUCCACCGCCGCGGAUAUGUGCGCUACUGGUUGAAGGCUACAAUUGAAAUUCCAUGGAAGUCCGAUCCCGAGUAUAAGACUCUGUUCACGGUGGCCUCUGUCUUGGAUCUCAACACGUGGCCUAAUGUUGUGGCAAGCCGAGUCAAGGUUUCUGACUCCAAGACGGUGUGUUGCUGCUGCUGUGAAACCACGCCUAUAAAGGCCACUCUGAGGAUUGACAAGACUGGGUAUGUGCCCGGAGAGUGGGUGGUCGUGAACGCGGAAUUCCAGGAUGGGACGGGCAGAGGUGUUGCUAAGUCACAGAUUUGCCUUGAAAUGCUAACUACCUACCGGACAUACAGUGGCUGCGAGACACGCUCCAAGUCACACUGCGUCGUCAUGAAGCAUGGCCCGGUCAGUGGGGGCGGAAGUGACGCGUGGGUGAAUGAACAAUUCCAGAUACCUGCCCUGCCGCCGUCCACUCUUCCCGGAUGUGCUCUUAUCUUCAUUCAAUAUUUUGUGGAGUUUAAAGUGGACGUUGUUGGCAUACCGUUCGACCUGGAACUGGCUAUACCUAUAACUAUUGGCACCAUCCCCUUGCAAUCCACGGUACAGAUGUACAUGCCCUCAAUGUGGCCGUCUCCGGACCCUGUAGUCACUCAGCAACCAUACGGGCAGCCGUCAGGAGCAUCCCUUCCAUUUAAUCUGCCUCCGCCCUCUUACCAGGAGUGCAUGUUCGGCAAGGUUAAUACCAAAGAAUAUGACGAUAGGCAUGCUGGGGGCAACAUGAGUUACGCACCAGCGUACAUCUACUACAACUGGAUGCAACCACUGCAGCCCUCAGCGCCACCCAUGGCGAACGUGCGAGAGUCUAGUAUGUAAAGGGGUGCUUCAUGAAAGUUGGGACCCCGGUCCGUAUCAAACAGCCGAUUCUUAGACUAAAGUCUAAAAGUGAAGAAUAUUUUUAAAUCUGCAAUCUUCUAAAAUUAUUUGAAAUCAAAAUCUAGCAUGACAAUAUUUAGAAAUUAUUUGUUAAGAAUAAUAUGAUUUUUAUAAUAUAAACUGUAUUUUUAGCUUCUACAUACGUGUAGAAAUAGAUGAUCCA